UAGAGAAGUCAAAACUUUAUAAAGUCACAUGCAACUCUUCAGAUAAUGCACUUCUCCACUGCAUGUCCUCAGAAUGCAUGAAGGUGAUGCUCUGCUGGCUGGUCCUUCCUCAUCUCCAGCACUGAAUGGAUCAAAGAUACCUGGACCUGCGAGUUCUCCACCCACGGCUGUUCAUCCUCAGACUACAACCGCAGAGAGUUUGGCUCAUAGCAUCAGAAGCAAGUUUCUGAAUGAGCUUCAUAGAGUCCCAUUACCAUCCUGGGCUGUGGUGGCCCUCGGCUUCCUCAUAGUCCUCAUCACGCUCAGCUGCUGCCUGUGUUUCUGCAAGAAGAUGAUAUUUAAAAAGAAAAAGGAAAAGGGUGGGAAAGAGAAAAAUGAAAAGAACAACAUUAACCUGUCAAACGUGAAAGAGGACGGAACAAAACGGGCUGUUCAUCACGGCACUGAUUCUGAUCACAAGGAAGAGGAUUCUGAGUCUAAAGAGGCUACAAAACUUGGAAAACUUCACUAUACCCUUGACUACAACUUCACUGACAGCGCGUUAAUUGUAGGUGUGGUUGAGGCAGAAGGUCUUGCUGCUAUGGAUAUGAGCGGCACUUCGGAUCCAUAUGUUAAAGUCUACCUCCUCCCUGACAAGAAGAAAAAGUUUGAGACAAAAGUUCACCGCAAAACACUAGAUCCGACUUUUAAUGAGCACUUCACCUUUAAGGUUCCAUAUGCAGAGCUCGGGGGAAAGAAGCUGGUCAUGACAGUGUAUGACUUUGACCGUUUCUCCAAACAUGAUGCUAUUGGGGAUGUGAGGGUGCAGAUGAAUAAAAUGGACUUCAGUCAGCUUACAGAGGAGUGGAGAGAUCUGCAGAAAGCAGAGAAAGAGGAGCAUGAGCGGUUAGGUGAUAUUUGCUUGUCUCUGCGCUACGUACCGACUGCUGGAAAGCUGACUGUUGUCGUUCUAGAGGCCAAAAACCUCAAAAAAAUGGAUGUGGGUGGCCUCUCAGACCCAUAUGUAAAAAUCCACCUGAUGCAGAACGGCAAAAGACUGAAGAAAAAGAAAACCACAAUUAAGAAGAACACACUGAACCCGUAUUACAACGAAUCAUUUAGCUUUGAAGUACCAUCUGAGCAGAUCCAGCAACGCCAUUGGUCAGAUAUGUUAGCCAAUCCAAGAAGACCCAUCGCUCAAUGGCACGCCCUUAAACCUGAAGAGGACGUAGAUGCUGAACUGAUAAAGAAAUGA